AUGUGGCCUACUCCUCGAACACCAACUACCAGGCCGAUCGGGCAACAAAACCUCGAAGAGGGUAACGAAGAAUAUGCUGCAUGCUUUACGCAGGGUCAUCUCGCCCUGCCGCCCAGCCAAAAAUAUGCAAUCCUGACUUGCAUGGAUGCCCGCAUCGAUCCCGCGGCCGCCUUUGGCAUCCCUCUCGGCGCAGCCCAUGUCAUCCGAAAUGCAGGUGCAUCUGCUCGCGAGGCUUUCCGAUCUCUUGUCAUCUCACAACAACUUCUCGGGACCACGGAAGUGCUGCUGGUCAAGCACACCGGGUGUGGCAUGUUAUCAUUCGAAAACGAAUCAGCGCGGGACGUUGUGAGGAUACAAAAAGGCGCAGCUGCUGCGAAGGAGGUUGCGGAUCUCGAUUUCCUUACAUUUACAAGCCUGGAGCUAGAGGUCAAGAAAGAUGUAGCAUGGCUGCAAAGCAAGGCGAUUGAGAGUGGUAUCACCAUCUCAGGCUGGAUUUACGAUGUAACGACGGGCAAAGUACAGCGGAUUGUAUGA